AUGUUCGGUUGGAUGAUGGCGACACGGACAGUGACAUACGAGAUGGAGGCCGAGACCAAGGUCGAGGCAGAGGCAACAGACCGCCGCAGCGAUGCCUGGGGCGCCUGCGAGAGUAUCAGCUUUGAGAGGAUGGACACGAACGAAGCGUUCGAUCAGAGUUUCGGUAAGCUGGACGUGCUGUACAGAUACACGCAGGAAGUGGAGUUUCCGGGAAGAUGUGACGCGUUAUUUGGAGAGUUCUCGAGGUUGCCGAAACAGACUUUGAACGCGUAUGUGCUACGACACGGCCAGGAGUUGUCCAAGUUACGAGAAGCAGGGCUGGACUUACAGGGCUUGCUGGCAGGUUGGCACAUGAUGACGAGGUCGACAAUUCCACGAUUGCAGAUUCCGAACCUGAAGACGCUGUGCAACAGCAGGCUCACAAUGCAGGUGGUGACGGAGUCACUCAAGACGAUGUUAUGCGGCGAUAGUACAGCACACAAGAAGGACAUCGAGCGAUUGACGAACACGUACUGGGGCAAGAGCUACGAAGGUGGCGACAGCUACUGGGCAGAAGAAGGGGGCGAUGAUGCCUACUGGUACGAGGAUGGAUGCACGGACGAGCUGUACUACGAGGACGACGUGUGGCACGAGGAAGACGAGGAGCCGAUCCCCGAGCUCGAGGACGCGUAUGAAGCGCCAGAGGAAGCCUUCACGAACUACAUGGAGGCCCGGGCGAAGAUGAGAGAACUGGCGACAGCGAGAGGAUCCUACCAGGUGGUGGCGCUGAUGGACGACCGACGAGGAGCCGAUGAACCCGAAGACGCGAAGAUGCUGUACGAGAUACGUGGUGACAUGACGAUGUCGGAGAUUGCACCGAGCCCUGCAACGACGACGGUAGAAGAAGUGAGUUUGGCUACGGCUACGGGUAUGGGUGUCGGCGACAGUGGAGCGACGAAGCCAGUGAUGGGUCUCGAGGGGUGGCCAGCAUGGCUUGAGAAACUUCAGAAGAUGGGCCUAUCCAGCGAGAUUCACACGGCAACAUGCCACAAGACGUUUCGGUUUGGCAACGACGAGACCGCGACGGCGAAGCAGCAAGUAACGUGCCCGGUCUGGGCGAAGAACGCGAGAAGGCAGAUGAUAGUCUACCUCGUUUCAGGCAGAGGUGUCUCUGCUGGUGGUGAGGCCUGCCUCGAGGAGUGGGGCAUGGUGAUCGACCACCGCAACAAUGAGGUUAUGCAUUUAGAGGAGCAGGCGCCGGAGUGGAUCGACAUGGAGACGAACGAGACAGGACACAUGAUCAUCGAUAUGCUCAGCUUCCCGUCCGAUGUGCCAGCGGCAGAUGAGGAGUCGAGCUCGACGGACUCGGACACCGCCGCAGCUACGGCGACGCCGACCAUCGAGAAUGCGGGCACCACGAAGCUCAAUGCGAGGCAGCCGGAGGACUGGCUCACAGAGACCAACCGCACGUUGAACAGCAAGCCGAAGGCAAAGAGGCGGUUCUGGGAGAUCUUCGUGGCAGAAGGACGCAUCCAGCAUUGCGUGGAGAAGCACGGCGGUUUCAAGACGGAGAAGUUCACGCUGGAGACAGGCUGGGACUUCACGAACGGCUCGCAUCGCACAGCGUUCAUGGGGAAGCUGGUGAAGGAAGAG